AUGUUUGAUCCCAUGGAAGAGAAGGUGAUCAUCAACAGAGACGUGGUGAUUGAUGAAAAAGCAAAAUGGGAUUGGACUGCUGAAGCAAUGAAGAAUUACACUUUUUAUCCAUUUACUAUGGAUGAAAGUGAUGAUGAACCAAAUACAGCUACACCUGUGAUAAAUCCACCUAGUCACAGAGAGCCUACCAGCCCAGAAGGAAGUUCAAGUGAAAGUCCAAAAGAAAGGCCACAGAAGUACAGACGUCUUGAAGAUCUAUAUGAGGAAACAACAAGCAUCGAAGGUGAUGAAUUGACACUCUACUGUCAUUUCAUUGAUGAUAAACCGAUGGAUGCUGAAGAAGCCAUGAAGGAUGAAAAAUGGAAAAGAGCCAUGGAUGAAGAAAUUGGAGCAAUUGAGGAACAAUACUUGGGAGCUUUUGUCACUUCAUGA